AGUAAUCUCAACCGCCCGUUUGGUAGUUUCAGGCUUACGGACUGGGCUUUGCUUUUGGGCUUUUGUGUGCUGUUUUCUGAUUGUACAUCAACUCAAAUUGUAUACGUCCCGACUACUUCUUGGGCUUAAUGUAAAUCCGGCUACGCGCUUACAACGCUGUAGAAAGACUGGCAUGAAAGCAUGAUCAUGCCCUAGUGAAAAUGUUGGUUUUGAUGUUCGAAUCGCUACCACAGUACUUUCAAGUCUUUGACUUCGCCGAAAUUUAAAAUCGGCAAAAGGAAUAUUUUCCGACGGCAGACAAAUUUCCUGUCCACAGAAAGACUGUAUUUUUAUUUCAAUUUUUUUUUAUUUCAUCCAUUCCAAGAAUGGGGAGCAGACUGGUCACUGUAACAGUGAUGGGAGUGAAAGGAAGGAUUUUCCUCUGGCUCUGCAUCAUACUCACCACUGUUAGCUUCAUUGCAGGUCAAAGUCCUACAGGCGGGCAAAGUAAGACAAAACAGACCACAAAAGCAUACGUCUACGCGUUUGUCGGCAGGUCACAGUUUCCCAGCGCCGCCUACUGGGAUCAAAACGCCCUACAGACAACGACUGAUCCUCCCGUCAAAGGCCAGUAUAAGACAGGCUGUGGGGUAAAGCCUGGUGGCUCUGACUACCGCGGGAACAUUUCCGUCACCUCAAGUGGGAAAACCUGUCAGAGGUGGGACGUCGACUUUCCACACGAUCGUUAUUACCGACCAGAGGAUUACCCUGAGUUGGUGGAGAACUACUGCCGCAACCCACACGGGUUAGAGCCCGGUUUGUGGUGCUACACAACGCACCCUAGCACCCGCUCGGAGUACUGCGUCGACCCCGCCUGUCCCUUUGUAAUCGUGGAGAAGUGGCGAGGCGAUGGCCGAUGCGGUGAAGACUUUCCUACCCCAGAAGGGACUCCUGGCGAAUGCAAUCCCAACAACAACCGUCCGUGUUGCUCGCUGUUCGGCUGGUGUGGCGAGGGCUCUGAAUACUGUUCCUGUCUCUCCUGCGUGGACUACAGAGCUAAAAAGAACGCAGGCCUGUAACUGAAAUGACAUCAUAACAUGAUAUAACCAGUCCAAAAACGAUGUGUAAAAAAUGAACGCCUUAUGUUAUGUUAGUGUAUGUGUAUUUUUGAAGUAUUAAUUCUAAUUCUGUAAUUCUCUUUGGCCGCAAACAUCGGGCUUUGUGCCUCCCUUCUGAUAACAACUUUUGUCUGGAUCCCGGCGCAAUAGCCCCUCCCGGUAGCCCCUCCCUUCCUUACAGUUGAAUUCCCCUUUCACCAGGCAUUACAAUGUUGUUUCUAAGGCGUGUCCAAAGUUCAAUAUUUGUUACGACUUGGCAAUGUUUGAGCACAGCAACGAGCAAACAGUGAGCCCUUGUGGUGCGGAAACGAGUUACAAGUAUCGCUGUAGAAAAUCCUCCCACCCACAAGGCUUGAUGAUGUUUUUAUAUUCGCCUAUGAUAUGUCUGGUAAUGUUGUUUUGUAAAAGCAAAAUAGUGCGUCAUAUAUACGACAAACACGAAAUUGCAAGCAAAUAAAGAUGAAGUAAUAAUGCUAAGAACAAAGGAGUCCUAUGUGGUUUGUCUUCAAAUUACUUUGA